GUGCGUGCGUGCGUGUGUGUUUACGAUGGAUUACUAUUAUAUAAUGAAUGUGAAAAACACAGUGUUUUGAUAUAACACUGGAAUGAAACUGGUGAGACUGCAUUUUCGAUUUAGUUAAAAUGUCGAAUGUACUCGAAUAACGCGAUGUUUUGUUGAACAAUUGAUGGAUUAAAUUUAAUAAAAGUGUCAGUGAAUUGUUCUUUAACUUUUCGAAGGAAAUCGAUGUCGAAUUAAAGCGGUAAUUUCUUUGAUGGUUUAGUCGUUCCUUUGUCAGUCGAUCAAAUAAUGUCUAUCCACAAAGAAUUGCCUGCUUACAUCCAGUGCUUUAAAAUGGAAAAGAUGGAUGGCGAUGAAGAAAUUUGUCUAGAAUUUUAACUCGUCAUGGAAGCAAAUUAAAAAUUACGAAAAUAAACAUGGCGAGGUUAUUAUACAACUUCGGUGAGUAGAACAAUAAUUUUAUGUAAGUAAGUAUAAAGUGUGUAAAAAGAAGAGUUGUUUAAAGACUAAAAUUAACAGAAUCGGCGGGAAUAAAUGCUGAAUCAUGCUUCACGUAGCCACGGUAUGUGUCUACACAUUUGGUAAAUUUCAAAAUGGCGGGAGCCAUGUUUGUUUUUUGUUUUUUUACAGUGGUGAAGCAAGAAUUGUAGUUUGAACAAAACCGUCUGUGUUCUACUUGAGUGUGUUACAUUUGGAACGCUGAUUAAAUUUGAAUCUAGGCGUAAAGCGAUAUUUUGUCCCGUUACAUUUCUUUUGCGUGGAAUUCUUAAGGACUUUUUCGAUUUCCGUAAACAGGAAAGAUCAUAAUAAAUAUUACUACGCAAUGUAAGAUUCAGUUAAUUUCAUGUGUUUUUGCUUUUUUUUAGGAAUAAAUUAAAUAAAACAAUAUUGUAGGAUAAAUAGAAUACUUUGCCAUAUAAACCUUUCUUCACUCGUGGGAUAAAUGUAAGUACACAAUCACACUAACAUAGUAUUCUCUAUAAGAUGAUGAUGCAAUACAGGUAAGUGUCAAUGUCAACUGACUAGCUAAGAUUAUCGACAAAUAAAUUAUUUUCCUAAGUAAGACUGUACAUGGGUCUAAUUUGCAAAAUUUUAAAUUUAUUUUAUUGUCAUGGUUAUAAUUUGCAUUUUUUUUUUAAUUUAUUUUAUUGUCAGCUCAUUGUCAGUUCAAAGUUAACUGAUUCAUGAACUUAAAUCUACAUUUUUGUUACCUGUUAACCCGAAUACACAACACACAUGUAUUUAACAACCUGAUAAAGAUCAUAAAACCGGGCAUAGGUGCGAGUGUGCUAGACAAUGGCUUCAUUCGAUAAUGAUUGACGGGGUCGGAGUAAUUAAAGAAAACAACAUCUGUUUAAUGCAUUAACGAUGUGUGAACAUCGUCAAGUUAGUUAUUAAUCAAUUAGGUUAUGUUGUUAAUUUAUGACGAAUUUUGCAAACACUUUGUAGGCAUAUCCGCGACAGAAUAUUUUAGUGCAAAGAGGGGGAUAUUGUUCUUACCUUCAUCUGCAAUGACUGCCGCAACCGCCUUACAACGCCUUACAACGCCUUACAACGCCUUACAACGCCUUACAACGCCUGACAUCAGCCUAAACAUCAGCCUAAACUUAAAAAAUGUCGCGCAGUCGACUAUGCUUGAGGCAUCCGAGGAUCCUGCUUUGCUUCCACGGUUCGACAUUUCGCACGAUUUCGGAUUGUCCGUGGUGUCAGCGUCAGAAGACAUAGCGCUCACCCGAACGUCCGAGUUCGAGCCUUUUGAUUUGACAAGAGCCGAAGUUCCACCUGCCCGUUGUGAUCGACGAACGUAAUCUUCAAGAGCCAGCUGUAUCCGACAGUGUACUAACUCAGCCCGAAACCAUAGAAUACACCGUUGUAGACGCAGGAACCAAAAGAGGCAAACCAAAGCUAGUAUCCUCCGAUGGAUAUUCAUUCACGUUUAAGAAACAGACAAAGAAGCAAGCUGUAUGGCGAUGCAGCGUGCGACGGAAAGCGUUCAUGUGUACCGCGUCGGUCACGCAAGAGGGUGACAUAUUUCAAGCGAAAGGGCCGCACACUCACGCUGAUGACCCUUCGAUGCGGAAGAAAGUGGAAUUGAAACGUAAUUUGAAGACAGCGGCCGUGGCUGAUGUGUUCGCGGCCUCCCGUAGAUUGGCUGAUGACCAUAUGAAUGUUUUCGAGGCCACAGAUUUUAACCUGCCCAAGCCGCAGACAUUGACGAGGAUCCUCAACCGUGCCCGAGAAAAGCAUCGGCCAACAGAUCCAUCAUCACUUGACUUUGAGGUGGACACAGACUUCAUCGGAGAUGGUUUUCUACGCGGCGAUGUGCGUGUAGACGGGAAACGUCACCUCAUCUUCGCCAGCGACGAUCAGCUGAGCAGACUCCAGCAGUCAAACCGCUGGUUCGUCGACGGCACGUUCCACGUCGUCCGGAAGCCUUUUUAUCAGCUUCUAUCCGUGCACGCAUUCCUAGGACACGAGGAUUGUCUGAAGCAGGUGCCUUUACUCUUCGUGUUGAUGUCACGCAGAAGGAAGGUAGACUACCUCGCCGUCUUCCGGCACAUUUUGGGUUUGUGGCGGGAAGAACCACAAGUCCAAGGAUUCGUAAUGGACUUUGAGAUAUAUAUUUUUUUUCAAUUUGCGUUAUAA